CCGUAGCUCAUCUGCUCUGCUUGAUUUCUUCCACCAUUUUCAAACUUUCAAAAAUAGAUUUAAAAAAAAAAAAAAAGAAGAAUAAACAAAAAUAACUUGCAAGUAAUGAAUUGGAUUUUAAAUAUCAAUUGAAAAGCGGUUAGGUGGCGGAGUCGUCGGUUGGUUGCUUCCCUGUGUCGCGGGCAGCAAUGAAGGCUGUGAUGGCGUCGUGUUCGGUCCCUACAUUUACGCGCGUAAAUGUCAAAAGAAACCACCAUUCUUCUCUCUUAUUACCAAUUUGCCACUCCUCUUUCUCUCUGAGCCAUCGUCGCUCUCUUUCCAUGGCGUCUGCAACUCAGCCAUCCACUCAGGCGGUGUCACCUGGGGAUGUUAACAGUGAUGUCAAUGUGUUGCAGUUGAUCCAAACUCACCAGGAAAAGGCUGCUCGACUUCCUCCAGUUGAGGAAAUUAAAACUGUGCUUUAUCACAGUGUGCGUGGCGUGCUUUCAACAUUUUCUCAGAAGCAUGAGGGUUAUCCAUCAGGUUCAAUGGUUGAUUUUGCAUGUGAUGUCAAUGGAUCUCCAAUAUUAGCAGUGAGCAGCUUGGCAGUUCAUACAAAGGACCUGUUAGCUAAUCCCAAAUGCUCAUUGCUUGUUGCUAGAGAUCCAGAGGAUAGGACCGAUUUAGUAAUCACUCUGCAUGGUGAUGCUUUUUCUGUUCCUGAGAAAGAACAAAGUGCCAUUCGAACUAUGUAUCUGGAGAAGCAUCCAGGUGCAUUCUGGGUUGACUUUGGUGACUUCCAAUUCAUACGUAUUGAACCAAAAGUUGUGCGAUAUGUGUCAGGAGUUGCAACUGCUUUACUUGGAUUUGGAGAGUUUAGCAAAGAAGAGUACCAAGCUGCCAAAGUGGAUCCAAUAACUCAAUUUUCUAAACCUGUUUCGUCUCAUAUGAAUAGAGAUCAUGCUGAAGAUACAAGGCUCAUUGUGCAACAUUCAACAUCAAUUGCGGUGGAAUCAGCCUACAUGCUAGACAUUGAUAGCCUUGGAUUCAAUGUUAAGGCUGUUUAUCAAGGGAAUACAUAUAAGUUUCGGAUUCCUUUUCCUAGACGUGCAGAAGACAGAAAGGAUGUAAAGACUUUAAUCGUGGAAAUGCUCCAAGCUGCCAAGUCUCAAGUUAAUUGAUAUCAUGCUAAGAAAGGAUUCUGCAGCGCAUCACACUUGAGAGACUGAUAUGGAAAGGAUAUAUAAUUCUGAAUUGCUGAAAUUAGACUCGAAUGGCAGCUUGCUCCUAAUGGCUCGUAGUCAUAUACCAUGUACAUGUUAAAAUACCGUCGGCAGGCAUAAUAAUCACGGAGUGGAAUUACAUAAUCGCAUGGGAUGUUUGAAUUCUAAAGAUGAUGUUUGAUCCAAAAUUGGUAUUAACAUUUAUAAAAUCUCGGAAUGCAAAUUGCUUGCUUCUUUCUUCUGCAAAA